GACUUUUUGUUAAUUUAUUUUUGCAUUUUGACAACUUCGAAAACAAACAAAUUAAACUUCAACUUCAACAGUCUCAAAAGUAAUUUUCUUUUAAUAGACAAAUUGUUUAAAAUAGUGUUUUCAAUACCGUAUAUUCAUCGACACGGUUCAAAAUGGGUAAAAAGCAACACCAGAAAGAUAAAAUGUACCUCACGUACACGGAAUGGUCCGAGUUCUAUGGUGGCCACAAAGCAGGCUCGGUCGAGAACGAGCAGAUUAAGUUUAAACGACUCCCAUUCGACCACUGCUGUUUAUCGUUGGUUCCGUUCGAGCAUCCGUACUGUGAUAAGGACGGUAACGUAUUUGAGCUGCAAGCGAUCAUCGAUUUCGUCAAGCAUUUCAAGAUAAACCCGGUGACCGGGGCGGCGCAGGAUGGAAAAUCGCUGAUCAAGCUGAACUUUAGCAAACACCACGAUGGGCAGUACCACUGUCCGACGUUAUUCAAGCCGUUCACCAAAAACUCGCACAUCGUGGCCAAUGGUAAGACGGGAAAUGUGUUUUCUUACGAAGCAAUAGAACAACUCAACAUUAAGGCGAAGAAUUGGAAGGACUUGCUGGACGAUACGCCUUUUACCAGGAAGGAUUUGGUUACUAUUCAGGAUCCGGCUAAUUUGGAAAAGUUCAACAUAAGCAACUUUCAUCAUAUAAAAAAGAAACUAAGAGUACAGACGGAAGAAGAACUCGCGGAGAAAAAAGAUCCUCAAGGAAGGCUAAAAACGAUUUCAAUGGAAACCAGAGAAAUCCUUACUCAGCUAGAAAAGGACUACAAAGCUCCUGAAGAAAAAGCAGUAGAACACAAAGUGGCAGAUAAGUUCAAUGCAGCUCAUUACUCAACGGGAGCGGUGGCCGCCGCUUUCACAUCUACUUCGAUGGUUCCGGUGUUAAACCACGAAGCUGCCAUCAUCGAAGAGGAUGUUAUCCGUUACGAGCGGGUUAAGAAGAAGGGAUAUGUUCGUCUAUUAACAAACUUCGGAGCGCUAAAUUUGGAACUAUAUUGCGAUCAGGUUCCGAAGACUUGCGAGAAUUUUCUGAAGCAUUGUCAGACUGGGUACUAUAAUGGGUGCCUAUUUCAUCGGUCGAUUCGAAAUUUUAUGAUACAGGGCGGCGAUCCGACGGGAGUGGGAAAUGGUGGAUCGUCGAUAUGGAACAAGAAAUUUGCCGAUGAAAUUCGACCGAAUCUGAACCAUGCCGGAAGGGGAAUACUGUCGAUGGCCAACUCGGGUCCGAACACGAAUGGGUCACAGUUUUUCAUAACAUAUCGCUCAUGUCGACAUCUGGAUGGAAAGCAUACCAUUUUUGGCAAACUGGUUGGUGGGCUGGAGGUUCUCACAGAAAUGGAGCGGAUUGAGGUGGACAAUAGAGAUCGGCCGAUCGAAAGCAUCUUCAUUCAGCGGGUUCAAGUGUUCGUCGAUCCGUUUCAGGAAGCCGACGAGGAAUUAGCCAAACAGCGCUCGGAAGAGCAGGAGCGAGCACAGCGAGAAGCAGAUGAAAAACAGAAGAAAACCGCACGGGCACAACCAUUAAAGGUGUUUCGAUCAGGAGUGGGAAAAUAUCUGGAUAAGGAAGUGACAAAAAGAUUCGCCGAGCCGGAGCCGUCUACAAGUGUUGCAAAUCCAGCCCUGAUAAAGAAACGUAAAAAAGAGGAAACCAUAAGCAAGUUAGGUAAUUUCAAUUCUUGGUAACGUUUAUUAUUUAAAACAAAGUACCUACUAUUCUAACUAUGUAAACUAAA